UAUUUCCAAACACCACGUCGCUAAUUUCUAGCCGUUAGCUUUCACUUCCCCUCUCUCUCUCUAGGGUCUAUCUCUCAUGUCACCUACUACCACUCUCUUCGCCGCCCUCCUCCGCCGUAACCACCACCACCUCCUACGCCGCGGUCUCUCAACACAUUCACAACCGCCUUCCAUUGAAUACUCACUUGCCCACCCAAUCUACACCAUAUGGGCUGCGAACACUUCCCUCGGCAAAACCCUGGUCUCCGCCGGCCUUUCCACUUCUUUCCUCUCUUCCUCAAACCGCAAAUUUCUCUACUUGAAGCCUGUCCAAACAGGUUUCCCAUACGACUCUGAUUCCCGCUUCGUUUACAACAAAUACUCCCAAUUUUUCUCCUUAAAUAAACCUGAAUUCUCCGUCUUCACAUCGAAUCACGUGCUCAGAGCAUCCGUUCCUGCUUCAAAUGCUGUUGUUAGGGAUGAAACGGGGAGAAGUUGUGGGAAUGGGGUUGUGAAUUUGGGGUUUUACCAGGAGAGUAGGUUGCGAGGGACGAGUGAGAAUGGUGAAAUGAUGGAGGGGUAUUCGAGGCUAGUUUGUAAGACGAUGUAUGGGUGGAAAGAAGCAUUAUCGCCACAUUUGGUGGCGGAGAGAGAAAAUGCUAGAGUAGAAGAUGCUGAGUUGUUGGGGAUGUUGAAGGGUUGCUUAGGAAUUGAUGAACUGGAAAGUGGUGAAAAGGGUGAGGUUUUGUGUGUGAUCGAGACUGCUGGUGGCGUUGCUAGUCCUGGACCAUCUGGUUCGCUUCAGUGUGACUUGUAUCGACCUUUCCGCUUCCCAGCUAUUCUUGUUGGCGAUGGAAGGCUAGGGGGUAUUUCAGGAACUAUUUCAGCCUAUGAAAGUUUGAAACUUCGAGGUUAUGAUGUUGUUGCUGUAGUAGUUGAAGACCAUGGCCUAGUUAAUGAGGGUCCUAUAUCAUCUUACCUGCGGAGAAGGGUCCCCGUGCUUGUGCUUCCUCCUAUACCGAAGGAGAUGUCAAAUAACCUAAUGGAGUGGUUUCAAGAAGCACUGUCUACUUUUCAUUCUCUUCAAGAAAUAAUGCAGUCAGCUUUUCUGGAGAGAGCAUCUAGAUUACGCAACAUGCCAAGGAAGGCACAUGAUAUUUUCUGGUGGCCCUUUACUCAGCACAAACUUGUACCAGAAGAAAAUGUGACGGUUAUAGAUUCACGAUGUGGAGAAAACUUUGCUGUGCACAAGGUUAAUAAAGUUGAUUUAAUCACCCAACAAUUUGAUGCUUGUGCAAGUUGGUGGACACAGGGACCUGAUGCUACUUUACAGAUUGAGCUUGCAAGAGAUGUGGGUUAUGCUACUGCUAGAUAUGGGCAUGUAAUGUUUCCUGAAAAUGUUUAUGAACCGGCUUUGGAAUGUGCUGAACUUUUGCUUGAAGGCGUGGGAAAAGGGUGGGCUUCGAGAGUGUACUUUUCAGAUAAUGGCUCUACUGCAAUUGAAAUUGCUCUUAAAAUGGCACUACGGAAGUUCUUGUUUGAUCACAGAAUUGUCUCUGAUGAUUUGGUGGCUGAGAGUGCUGAAAGUCGUGUUGAACUAAAGGUUUUAGCCCUCAGAGGAUCUUACCAUGGCGACACUUUGGGUGCUAUGGAAGCACAGGCACCAUCACCUUAUACUGGAUUUUACCAGCAACCAUGGUAUAAGGGAAGAGGUCAUUUUUUAGAUCCGCCAACAGUUGCCAUGUGUGAUGGUGUCUGGAAACUUAGCCUUCCUCAGGAGAUUGAAACUCAAAAACCCAAUAUUGAAGAUUUGACUUUCAGUUUGCGUGAGGACAUAUUCAAGGAAAGUCGUGACAAUUCAAAUCUUUCUGAGAUAUAUCAUUCGUAUAUACGGCGAGCAUUACAGCUAAUUAUGGACUCAAGUGGAUUUACUCGGACCGGGGCAUUGAUUAUAGAACCAGUGAUACAAGGUGCUGGAGGAAUGGAAAUGGUCGAUCCACUAUUUCAGAGAGUACUUGUUAAAGAAUGCAGAAGUCAAAAGAUUCCUGUUAUUUUCGAUGAAGUUUUUACGGGAUUCUGGCGUCUGGGAGCAGAGUCUGCCACGGAGUUUAUCUGCUGUAAGCCAGAUAUAGCCUGCUAUGCCAAGUUGAUGACUGGUGGCAUUGUGCCCUUGGCUGUCACUUUAGCAUCAGAAGCUGUAUUUGAAGCAUUUGUUGGAGAUUCAAAGCUCCAGGCUCUCUUGCAUGGUCACUCUUACACUGCACAUGCAGUUGGUUGUACCGCUGCUGUAAAGUCAAUCAAAUGGUUUAAGGACUCCAAAACAAAUCCUAAUUUGAUAUCUGAAGCCGUGCUGCUCAGGGAGCUGUGGGAUUCAGACUUGGUGAGACAGAUUUCCUUACUUCCAGCAGUGCAUAGAGUGGUUGUAUUGGGGACUCUAUGUGCAUUGGAACUUCGAGCAGAAGGCUCUGACGCGGGGUAUGCUUCACUGUAUGCCAGAUCUCUCAUUCAGAAGCUCCGUGAAGAUGGCAUCUAUAUGAGGCCUCUUGGCAAUGUCAUUUAUCUCAUGUGUGGGCCUUGCACAUCUCCUGAGAGUUGCAGCAACUUACUAAACAAGGUGUAUAGAAGACUUGAGGAGCUUUAAACCAGUGAAUCUACGUCAAAACUAGAUGAUUAGAGAAGAGGCAUUCAAAUGUACUAGUUCACAUAUCACCACACAUCUGUGUGAAAGGAGAUCACGUCGCUAUUGGACACUGCAGGCUUCUGGCAAAAACUGUGAAAUUCAAUGUGUUGAAGGUGAUUCCAUCUGCUUCUGCUAGUGGGGAAAAGAAGCAUUUUACAAGACUAGAGCUUAGUAUCUGUAGUUUUGUAGUUAUAUUCAGAGAUUAGAAUUAUGAUGAGACUAUACUUGACACUAACCAACUCUGAAUUGUAAGGAUUUCUUCAUUUCCAGCAUCGCAUAUUGAUUAACUUCAAUUAUGCAACAAAAAGUAAAAACUUGUGCAAUAUGUAAAGGAAAAAACAAUCAUCUACA